AUGGCUCCAGUUACCUCCAGAAAGCAAAAGAUCACCAAGACCUUCACCGUCGACGUUUCUUCCCCAACCGAGAACGGUGUUUUCGACCCAGCUUCUUACGCCAAGUACUUGAUCGACCACAUCAAGGUCGACGGUCACUUGGGUAACUUGGGUAACCUCGUCUCCGUUGAACAAAACGACUCUGUUGUCACUGUCGUUUCCACCACCAAGUUCUCCGGUAAGUACUUGAAGUACUUGACCAAGAAGUACUUGAAGAAGAACCAAUUGAGAGACUGGAUCAGAUUCAUCUCUACCAAGACCAACGAGUACAAAUUGGCCUUCUACCAAGUCACUCCAGAGGACGAGGAAGACGAAGAGUAA